CGUCGCCGUCGGCCGAGCAUUUGCGCCUUGCGCUCGCAUCGCACAAACCAUUCACACUCGUUGCAUUCAUCAUCGCUACCCUGAAGAAUAGUUGGCAAUACGAAAUACGAACCCCCUUCCCCCACCGCCACCAAAACAAACCCUAUCGCCAUCUCAGUCGCGACACGAUGAUCAAAUGUCGUUGCCCGGUCUUGGCCUAGAAGAGCCAGAAGAGGUUCACACCGUUGAGGCCACCCAACACGAUCUUGCACAGGAGACGGAAUGGCGCUUCGAGGUUGCCGUGGGCAAGUAUGUCCAGGUCAAGCUGUUGUCUGGGACCGCUGAGUUGUUUGGAACCGAACUUGUGAUCGGAAACACGUAUACCUUCACGGGCACAAAGGCUGCCAUUUACACUUGGAACGGUUGCCAAUUCCAGGUCAGUGGUGAUGCCCUGCAAAGCGAGUAUACCGCGGAGGAAACUCCCAUGAGCGAGUACAUCAACACCCAUUUCAGCCUCGAAAAUCUGCGUGGUCAAGCUCAAGCUACAGGGCGCGAAGGCCCACGAGUCUUGAUUUUAGGCCCUGAGAAUGCAGGCAAAACCUCUCUUGCCAAAAUCCUCACAGGUUAUGCUUCUCGAUCUGCACGAUCCCCAGUUGUGGUCAAUCUGGAUGUCAAGGAAGGUGUCAUCAGCAUUCCCGGUACCCUGACUGCCACCGUCUUCAAAACCCUGAUAGAUGUCGAAGAAGGAUGGGGAACUGCCCCAAUGUCGGGCCCUAAUGGGGCAAUCCCGGUCAAGUUACCACUCGUCUACUUCUUCGGCAGUUCGAAACCAGAGGAAAAAGAAGGCAAGGUCUACAAAGGUCAGAUCAACCGGCUGGCUCUCGCGGUGGCAGGACGCAGAGCUCAAGACCCCGAAGCUAGAGAAAGCGGUAUUAUUAUCGACACCCCAGGAAGUUUGACUACAACGAAAUCUGGCAACACUGUCGGAUACGACAUUAUCCAGGACAUCGUUUCUGAAUUUUCCGUUUCGGCCAUCAUCUGCAUGGGCUCGGAGAGACUGUACAGUGAUAUGGUCAAGAAAUUCGACGGACAGCCUGCCGCAUUUCGACCCUCAUCGUCGUCCGCAAGUAAUGUGUCCGCCUCGCCCGAAUCAAUCUCUGUAAUCAAGCUUGCCAAAUCUGGCGGGUGUGUCGAUCGCGACGAAGCGUUCAUGACCGCCUUCCGCGCGGCACAAAUCAAAACAUACUUCUACGGCAACCCGCGCCUGAGCAACGGUAUCUCCCUCCAACCUCGCCAUCAGCAAGUGGAUUUCUCUACGUUGACCGUGUGGCGCCGCAUUGGAACAACUCCGGACUCUUUUGCUGCGGCUACUGCGGAUCAGGACGACGAGGAUUCCUUCCUGCCCGGCGGUGUAGGUGACGACGCUGAUGACACAUCGCCUUCUUCCACAUCCAAGGUCCCGCUUCCCCUGUCCCAGAUAUUUGAACGCAUGACCAGCCCCGUCGCGGCGAUGCGAAGUUCCGUCCUUGCGGUGAUGAACUGCGACGGAGAAGCCGAGCAAGAAGUUAUUCGCGACAGCACUGUGAUGGGAUUCCUAUAUGUCACAGAUACCGAUGAAGCAAGAGGACGAAUUAGUUUGUUAAGUCCAGUUGCAGGGCGCGUGCCGAGCCGGGCGAUUGUGUGGGCGGGCUGGCCAGAAGCUGUUAUCGGGUUGGAAAGGAGCUGAUCCAAAACUGCAGCCUCAGAGUGAAAGGAAGGAGUUGUCUUCGGGUAAGGUUGGGCACACGCACCAAGCUCGCUCCAGUAUCCGGAAUAGAAUACCAGGGAUAGAAGAUUGAAACUUCGGAAUGGAAG